UUUGCAUUCAGCAUUUCUCAGCCAGACACAUCUCAAAGAUAGGUCUCACUUCCACAGGGAUUGGUCAGCAGGAACUGAGAUUCCUCACAAUGUUUAUCGGCUGCCUCGCCAAGUGUGCGGAAGCCGGUAAAGACAUCAAUUUGAUCAACGCGAUUGCAAGUAUUGAAGAUGGUCUUUCUACUCUAAUCAUCAAGAAUGAUGGAGAAGAUUUGGAUUUUGUGACUCAGGAUUUGCUAAACAAAUUUGAGCAACUGGAGCCAGAGAUCACAGACCUUUGUGUUGUCCUGUUGGACUCUUUAAGAUCCAUGUCCUGCUCAAGCGACGAGAUCCUGAAGCUCCUCGAUUGUCUUGUUGGGAAUUUCCAGGAUCUUGACAGCUUGAAGGAUGAUAUUAUUGUCUCUUCAAAGAACCAAAUCAUUGUUAUUGGGAGAAAGCUAAGUGUCCUGAGAACCCUUGUUGAUUUCUCUGCAAAAAGAUGUAAUGACAAUCAGAUGCUGGAUUACUUCUUGAAUUAUGUGAAGGAUUUGGUGGACAGUGCAGCAUCUUUGUCCCUUUUGUGCUUGCUGGAAAGGAAGGAUGGAGCCAUGGCGGCCCAAGGAUUGGAAACUUCUUUUACUGAUCACUCAGAGAAGUGCUUGCCUUGCACUCCAGAGGUUACAGAGAUGUUCAUUGGACUCUUGAAAGCUUCAAAGUCAUCAAGAUCAGACAAAUUUCGAGUUAGUGAAGAAGUCUUCUGUCUUGUUGAUUUUAUACUAAAAGAUUUGGUUGACCCUUCGAAGGAUUACAGUACUCAAAUCCUUAAAGAGGGGCUGAUAAUGAUGAUAACCUUCUUGAUGGAUCCAACGGAUGAAGCCGUAACCAUUGGUGGAGAUGGGAUUUUCCCGCGAAUGAAUGUUGUGGAUGAGAACUUACAAGAAAUGGUGAAACAUUAUUCCAGCAGAAUUGCUUAUGCAGAGCCUCAAGUUAUGAUUGUCCACAAGGAGAUCAUGUCAUCAGCUCAUGCUUUCUUACAUACAGAUGAUCCUAUUUGGUACGAUAUGUUACAGCUGUUAGAUGUGAUAGAGGCGAUCAAGCUCAUUCAAACGAAGGCGAAGAAGUACAGUGAUCAAUUGUACAAGAAAAGAAUGUCAAAGGAUAACUUUCUACAGUGUGUGCACGACAGCGAUGUCGCUCCUCCUUCAUCGAAUGCUAAAAGGCUCCUGAAUGUAUUGGACCUGGAGCGCAUCAAUAUAGAUGGUCCUUUUCCGCAGGAAAUAACAUUGAUCAUUCAUUUGAGAUACUUGGCAAUUCUCUGUGAAGCCACAGAACUUCCAGAAUCCAUUCUCAACCUGUGGAAUCUGGAAACCUUAAUUGUGAAACAUCUCAAGGAUAUUGUUUUGCCGGAAACCUUCUGGCGAAUGAAGAGCUUGAGGCACGUAGAUAUCGGCUCGCUGUAUUUAAAUGGUCUUGAGGAUCGCGAAUACAGCCAACUAGAGAACUUGGAGAUGUUGUCAACACUAAGAAGGUUUCCAAGGAUUAGGAAGCUCAAGUUUGAUCUUCUUGAGGAUUAGGGAGCUCAAGUAGCCUUGAACAACUUUUGGUGAACUACUGUUACAUGCUUCGCAGGAUUCCAUCUGAUUUUGGAAACAUUCCUACCUUGAAAAAGAUAGAAUUGCGUGGGUGCCCUCGAGCCUCGAAUUCUGCCUGGGAAAUCCUCGAGGAACAACAAGGAAUGGGAAAUGCCGCCCUUGAAGUUGUCGUUGCCAUUGAUGAUUAUGAUGAAGAAGAAGAAGAAGAAGAAGAAGAAGAAGAAGAAGAAGAAGAAACUGGUUCUGUUUUUGUAAAUGUGCACAUUUCUUCUUCCUCAUCCAGUCAAAAGUUUCUUUACUAUUUGAACUCUUUUUUCC